GCCUCUGCAUUUUUGUGUAUCUGAAUGCUUAGCACGCCGAAAAAAGACAGACUGUCAGAAAAUCCCCGAAAAUAUGUGAAAAUCCACCGAACAUUUUCAUGGCGAAUGGAAGUCAGAUGCAAAAGGAGUUAUCUUGGUACUCCUUUGUGCCUCGUAACAUCGGAUCAAAAUGCUCAUAGUGGAGAAGACAACAGACGUCCCUACGGCUGAGUUUUCUCUUGUAGAGGAUGUGGCCCUGCACUUCACCUGUUUGAUGGACAGGCUGAAUGAGCAACGCCUCUUCCAGCCCGACCUCUGUGACGUGGACAUUGUCUUGGUGCGCCAGUGCAGCACCUUUCCUGCCCACAAGGGAGUGCUGGCAGCCUAUAGCCCAUUCUUCCACUCCCUGUUUGCCCAGAGUAAACAGCUGCGGCGUGUGGACCUGUCCUUGGAUGCCCUCACCUCCCAAGGCUUGCAGCAGAUCCUCAACUUCAUCUACACCUCCAAGCUGCUGGUGAGCAGCCGCACUAUCCUCGACGUGCUUGAUGCAGCCACGCUGCUGCAGAUGAGCGACAUUGCAGCCUCCUGCCACAAUCUCAUCAGCAGCCACUCACUGAGGGCAGCAGCCGCUGCACCUGUAGACAUAUCAAAUAAAGAGGGGUUGGGAGCCACUGUGGUGACACCCUCUAGUCAGAGGUACAGAGAGAUCAAGCAGGAGACAGAAUUAAGGCGGGUAUACACACGGCAGGGGAGCAGUCUGUUCUCGGUGAGGGUGGAGGAGGGGCUUGUGAAGGCAUCUCAACACCACGCAGCCUCCCUAGCCAAGCAGGUCUACGAGGAGGAAGGCCUGGGGGGGAGACCAGACUCUGGAGGAAGGGGCUUCUGUAAGAUGGAUGAGAGUGGAAAGGAGUCUGAGGCCUCUGAUGGCCACACCUCCUUCAACAGGCAGCAGAUCAUUGUGGAGGUCAACCUCAAUAACCAGACACUCAAUGUUUCCAAAGGGUCAGAGGGCAAAGCUACCAUUGCCACCGAAACCACUCAUAUGUUCCCUCAUGGCCACGAUGAGGAGAGGGAUUCAGUGGAAGAGGAGGAUGAGAACGAGGAUGAUGGGGAGGAAGAUGAAGGCGCCCCCAGAGAAGAGGACAUUGAAGACAGUGAAGAAGAGCAAGAUGAAGAAGAAGAAGAUGAGAAAGAAGACAACAAUCUUAACAUUCGAGGGGUGGAGCAUGCCACAAUGGAGAGGCCUUGUUGGGGGACUAGGUCUCUCAUCAUUUCCGCCAAAGACACCUCUGCCUUAAUGCGGCCAGACCUUGACAGCGCCAUGCUCAGUAGUCGGCGCCGGGGGCUUAAGAGGAAGCUGAAUAUGGAAAGUUUGGGCCAGAAGGUGAGGUUGGAAGAGAAGCAACACUUUCCUUGUAAAAAGUGCCCCCGUGUCUUCAACAAUCGCUGGUACCUGGAGAAGCACAUGAAUGUGACGCACAACCGCAUGCAGAUCUGCAACAAGUGUGGCAAACGUUUCCUACUGGAGAGUGAGCUUCUCCUGCACCACCAGACCAACUGUGAAAAGAGCAUACAGUGUGUGACAUGUGGUAAAGUCUUCAAGAAGCUCUGGUCCCUCCAUGAGCACAACAAGAUUGUGCAUGGCUACGCAGAGAAGAAAUUCUCCUGUGAAAUCUGUGAGAAGAAGUUCUACACCAUGGCGCAUGUCAGAAAACACAUGGUCGCUCAUACCAAGGAUAUGCCAUUUACCUGUGAGACAUGUGGGAAGUCGUUCAAGCGUAGCAUGUCUCUGAAGGUACAUUCUCUCCAGCACUCCGGAGAGAAGCCUUUCAAGUGUGAGAAUUGCAAUGAACGUUUCCAAUAUAAGUACCAGCUGCGCUCCCACAUGAGCAUUCACAUCGGACAUAAGCAGUUUAUGUGCCAGUGGUGUGGCAAGGAUUUUAACAUGAAGCAGUACUUUGAUGAACACAUGAAAACUCACACUGGAGAGAAGCCAUACAUCUGCGAGAUUUGUGGCAAGAGCUUUACCAGCCGGCCCAACAUGAAGCGCCACCGUCGCACACACACAGGGGAGAAGCCAUACCCCUGUGAGGUGUGCGGCCAGCGCUUCCGCUUCUCCAACAUGCUAAAGGCCCACAAGGAGAAGUGCUUCCAGGUCAGCAACCCAAUGGUGGUCUCUGAUGCUGAUGCCCCAGGCCCGGACCAAUCCUCUGCCCUGGUCAUCUUGGACCCUGCUACAAUUGGUCAGGUUACACUGGGAUUGGUGAAUUCCGUGACCACGCCCAUUGCUGCAUCAGCCACUAUGCACCACAGCUCUCCCUUACCCCUGCCCCUUCCCCACUUUCCCACUCCUCCACCCUUGUUCUCAACUGGUCAGAUGAAUUCCAAGAACUAGUGGAAAAUUAAAUCACCUAAAGCACUUAAUGUGUAUCCCUGUCUCAAAAAUGUUGGAUCCUGGACAGCGCAAAACGAGUCACGCGAGAAGUGUAAGGCAAUGCACACCUGUUAUAUGGUAAGAAGAAAACGCUACAGGAAAUACUUUACUUGAACGGGGUCUUCAUGAAGAUUUAUAACACCUUUAUGAAACCAGUUGUUACAUCUUCAUGUGUGUGGAAGUGUAUAUAUAUAUAUAUAUAUAUAUAUAUAUAUAUAUAUAUAUAUAUAUAUAAGCCACAUGUAUUAUAUGAAAGCUAAUAUAUUUAUCUAAGAAUGAAUCUGAAAAGUUCUGUAUGUUUUUUUUACUGUCACUGUACUCAAAACAUACACACAUUGUAACAAUCUUAAUCUUUAAAAAUGAAAUCUACCAAUCACUGGCCUGCCCUUUUUUUUCUUUCAAAACAAUGUGUAGAUUCUGCUUCCAAUAAAAUUUAAAUAAUAUUGUGUUAUGAAUGCUAUGAAUGAUACAUUAGAGCUUGUGAAGGUAUCAUGAGUGUGUUCGUAAGGUUUUAUGAACACUUAACAAGGCCCCCCUCAAGUAAAGAUUGAGGCUUCUGACCAAGGUGGUCCUGGAGAGCAUACUUGUGGCCUGCUGAUGGCUGACUUCUAGUGUCAUACAGUCAAUGCCAUGAAAAGUGUCACAUUUGGCCAUAGCCAUGCCACGGCCAACCAACAGAGGGCAGUAUAAAUGUAAUUAGCCAUGUUUUGGAAUGGUGGCUUAUUAAUGGCCUAUUUGUGUCAUUAAUUAAAGAGUUAAUUCUAGUAACAAUGUUUUGGUUCCUAACUUACACCCAUCCUCUUGUAUCAUAGUGAACAUCAAAUAACCUCAGAAUCAUGUAGGAUAUAUUUAAAUUUAUUUUGUUCAUAGAAGUCUGUUGUUUUGCUUGAAUUUCCUGAAUCACACAUACUUUCCUGAAGAACAACAUAUUAGUUUGAGGCCUUUACUUUAGCCAACUCUGUCUAAAAAUGUUUUGGGGUUGUUUAUUUCAAAGCUUAGGUUGCCAAGGUGUCCAUGACAAAGGGUUGUAGUGUCCUGAGCUGAAUAGGUUAUCUCUGUGGUGUAUGGAACCAGGGGUGGUUGUGUACCUUACCUGCCCUGAUGGAGGGCUGCGCUGUGAGAACAGCGCAGCCCUCCUUUCUUUUUUUGUCUGACUUCUUUCCUUUCCUCCCUUACAGUCUCCUCCUCUUCUACCGUAACCAGAACUCAGUGGCUCACAUUGUUCAGCUACCAAGCGAAACCUGCUUCUUUGGAAUAGAACCACAUGAAUUAUUUGAUUUGACAAUUACUAAAUAUGUAGCGUGUGGUUCUGAUCUGUUCUAUCAUUAACCAAAUGCAGAUUUGUCUUUGAAAAUAUGUAUGCCCUUGCCAAUAACCAAAUCCUGUGAGCUUCACAUGCUUAUUGUUGGAAAAUAGACAGCAUUUAUAAUCAACCAUGCACCUUAUCUUAACCCUAUUUGUAUUUAAGACAUACUCAAUGAUAGUUUGUGUAAUAAUGUGUGAUAUGUUAUGUCAUCUGUUUGGUUUUUCCAGUGGCCUAACUAAUUAGUCUGUUGUGCAGUGCACUGGUGAAUGCGGUGUGUGAUGACGUGUGUUUGUAUGUUUGUGAUGUAUGUAGUAAAAAGGGGUCUGUGUGCUGUGUAAAAGAAGUCAACAGUCCAAUCCACAAUCUGUCAAUUGCCAGACCGGAUUUUUUAAGUACAGAGUUGGAGGGAGAUAUUGUUGACUGAUGCUUCCAGCUGACCAAUUACUAUCCUCUUUACUUAGUUUUUACAGAAUUAUUGCACUUUCUGGUCAGUUUUAAUUAAAUUAUAUUUUACUGACAGUUAUUUUAGUAAAUAGAGUAUGUUGUAGAUAUAUCUUGAUUCUGAUUCUUCAUUCUAUUCCAUAUCCAAAAUAUCAGAGUCUAAAGGAGAAAAAGUCCUGGGCCCCAAUGUCCUCUCUAUGCUAGGUAUCAUGUAUACUGUUUACUCAGCAUGUACAUAUUCUAAGAGGUGUUCUCAGAUUUGUCUCCGAGAUCUUUCUACCCAUAAUCGUUGUUUACAUUCUGUUGAGAGUCAAAUGAAUGUGUUACCCUAUGUAUUCUGGUUGGUACAAUUGCAAGUCAUUGGAAGUGGUGGGUUAGCGUUAGUAUAAAUAAUAACAUGUCAAAUGUUUUUAUUCUGUACAUUAAUCUCUAAGCACUUUGUGUACUGUUGCCUAUGUAAGCUCAUCCCAACUAGGUAUGUAUAUUGUUACUUGCCAUGGUGAAAUAGUAGAUCAACUAAUGUGCCGUCAAGGUACUUUUUAGGCUUCUCUUUGUUGAUUCCUGAUUUGCCUUCUUUUGAAUAGGAUUGAGUUAGAAACAACCCAUGAAAGACAAGGUUUGCAGCUGUGGUGGGUUUUCAAUAUGUCCAUAUGUUUUGUCCUGGAUACCAGAUUCUGACUGUAUAACCAAUAGGAUAUUUAUGGUCAUGUCCAGAAACAACUUCCUCUUCACAGUACUCAUUAGCUCUUAAUAGGAUAACUCUUAAUUUGAUAUGUGUAAGCAUAAAUGGGAGGCGCUUGUAGCCAUAUUGCUUUAAACAAUCUAAUAAUUUAAGAUGCACAAUUUUCCUGAAGGCAUGAGGCUGAUUCAUGCCAAGGUUUCAUAGCAGCCUCUCAGUACUUCACAGAUUUCUGACGGCUGUAGCCCCCUUGUUGCUUUGUAGCACACUGAGCUCCUUAGGGAAUCCUCAUUGUAAAGGAGCUUCCCUAAAUCAAACAUGUAUGUUCUCCAGAGUUCAAAAGCAGUUAUUGGCAUUGGAAUGGGUAGGAACUGAUAGCAACUGAUAGGAACUGAAACCUAAAAAUUCACUUUUUGUAACUGCACCUUAUUUUUUCACAAUGUGAUUUAUUAACUACAACAGUCCAUAACGUAAGGCUCGUCGUUAUGAAGACAUCAAGUUGAUUGCUAUAAGAUUACAUAUUGUGACAGGAUUCAAUCAAGGACUUUUGUGAGAUACUUUGAGGGGAUAAUAGAAAGUCAUUGUGAAAGUAUUAUUUUGCCUUAAAUUAACAGAUGUUAACUGGAAUUUAAUGUUAACAGUUGACAGUGAAGGGAAUCAUUGAUUUGGAAGAGAAUGGUAGUGAUAUUACUGAGAUACUUUGAACAAUAUUUGCACUUUGAAUUAUAUUUUUCUUAUGGCAUAAUGGUGGAAAUAUUGACAACGUUGACAAAACGAGUCGUAGAGAUUAUAUCAUUAAACUGGUAGAGAGUUACGGAGCUCCAGAGGUGACAUAGAUUUCUUUUUUAAAAGUAUUUCGUGGCCACGAUUGAUUAAAUUGUGCACACAACACGGGGAGAUAUUCAUCAAAUUUAUAUACAUAAAACCAGGGAACGAUUUAACUAAAACAAGGGAAUUAAUUAGUAAAACGUGCGCACUAUUUAACUACAAGUGAAACGAAUAAGUAAAACAUGCGCACGAUUUAAUAAAUCGUGGCCACGAAAUAAAAUGUAUUUUUAUUUAUGUCACCUCCGGGGCUCCGAAGAGAGAAGCUUACCCCAGCAUUAGUCGUUAAAGUAAUUUAAAUUACACAAAAAUAAAUACAUGUAAUUUAUGCUAACUAUUCGUAGAGGAAGUUACUUAAACACAUUAACACAUUGGUUAUUAAAUGAAAUUAAUAAUGACAUUGUAGCUAUUUUGGCUACCAGUUUCCUGUGUGAAAAGCUAUGUAAAGUAGGAUUUUACCAUCUUAAAAUCAGCACAUUUUCUAAAAAGAUGAUCUGACCUGUUUACUUUACAGAAGGCCUGCUGUGGAUCAACACUCAGUAGAUUAAGAUUUGCUGCCACUUGUUUGUAAUGCCAUCUGUUAAGAUGUUGUUGAGCUGUGCCCUGGUGAAUGCUGUGCAUGGAGUGUGAUGGUGUGGAGUUCUGCAGCAAAAACUAUUUGCAGCCAAUUGAGUUUGCCAAGGGUAAAAUGUCUACUUUACCAGUUCUUCUUUAUUAAGUCUUUGUGCCAUGUCUCU